GGCAUCACCUCAGGGUCUGCCAUCUUCAUCAGCGCCAAUGGUGUCCUGCAGUACAGCGGCAGCGUCGGCCUCUCCCUGCUGGUGUGGGCGCUAAGUGGUCUUAUCUCCUUGGUGGGCGCCUUCGUCUAUACUGAGCUAGCUACCAUGAUCCCGUCGAGCGGCGGCGCCUACUCCUACGUCCUGGCAGCGUAUGGGCGAGUGGCGGCCUUCGUGUACCUGUGGAUGUCGCUUUUCCUGGAGGAGGCGAACAUGGCUGGCCAUUGACGCCCUCACCUUUGGCACGUAUGUCCUCCAGCCCUUCUUCCCAGACUCCCAGACGCCUCCUGAGAUCCCUGUCCGUCUUAUGGCUGCUGUGAUCAUUCUGUUCCUUGCGUGGCUUAACAUUCGCUCCGUGAAAGCCUCCGUGGUGCUACAAAACGUGCUGAUGUUCCCCAAGUUCGUUAUCCUCGGCGCUAUUACAAUCGUCGGUAUCUAUCGCCUCGCUACCUCCCCGUCUUCCAGCUUCAAUGACUCUUUCGCCAACACCUUUACGGGUCCCGCCACCAUCGCCACCGCGUUCUACCAGGGCCUCUACACCUAUAACGGGUGGGACAACAUCACCUGCGUCGUGGAGGAGGUGAAGAAGCCCACCAAAACCCUGCUGGCGGCCAUGAGUACUGCCCUCAUCCUGCUGAUCACUCUGUACCUGCUGGUUAACGUGGCGUACUUCGCUGUGCUGGAGCCGGGCGAGAUCCUCUUCUCCCCCGCCGUGGCUGUGACAUUCGGGAGGGAGUCAUUCGGGGUGAUGGCGUGGAGUGUGCCGGUGUUCGUGGCUGUGUCUACAGUGGGGUCUCUGAACGGCAAGACACUCACGCAGUCCAGGGUCGUGUUUGUGGGGGCGCGUCACGGCCAGCUGCCCGCCUCCCUCGCUCUGGUGGGGAAGAGAUGCACACCUGUCACCGCUAUUAUUUUCAUGUCAGCCAUCGCUCUUCUCUAUCUGGUGACGGUGGACAUCUUCGCCCUCAUCAACGUGGUGUCCUUCUCCAGCACCCUUUGUCAGGUGGGAGUCAUCUCCGGCCUCCUCCACCUCAGACGCAAGCGACCCAACUGGGAGCGGCCCUUCAAGGUGUGGACAGUGGUGGCCGUGGGUUUACCUGGCGGUGAUGGUGGCGCUGGUCGUCCUGCCAGUACUGGUGGAGCCUGUCACGGUGGGCAUUACGUUGACACUCAUCUUCACGGCACUGAUGGUCUACUGGCUCCUCCUGAACCGCCCGAUCACCGCCCCUGCUUACCUGCGCGGCUCCAGACGUUUCUUCCGUUUUGUGCAGAUUCUGCUUGAGGUGACCCCUGAGAGUGAUGACUUGAGACUGGUUAAUUGACUGACUGACUCACUGAUUGGCUGCCUGACAGAAUGAAUAGCUGAUUGACUGAUUAGUUGCCUGACAGAUUGAAUGGCUGACUGACUGACUAACUGACUGAUUGGCUGAUUAGGAAAAUAUGUUAUCUAGCGGUUCAUCUUUGUCAUAUGGCACUGUGCUCGUCGUUGUGUUAAGUAAAUAAAAAUAUAUUAAACAAACUUAAACAGCUUAAAGUAAAGUGUCCCUCUUACAUAUAAAAAAAAAAAAAAAAAAAGAAUAUUCAGAAUGUAAUAUUAAGAACGUAACGUAACUCUAACAAACAUUUGGCCUCGUGCAGCAGAGUCAGCCUUGCGUGUCGCUGCAAAGGUGUGUUUUUCUAUUGUCUAUAAACCAGUGUCCGCCAACCAAUGUAGACUCAAAUAAAUAUAGAAGAUC